AUGAAAUUGGAAGUGUGUUACGAUGAUGGUGAGGAAACAACAACACCAUCAACUCCACCAACAACACCAUCACCAGAAUCAACAGUCGUUACGGAUACACCGACAACAGCACAGCCAUCAGAAUCGACACCAUCGCAGCCAUCCGAAACAACAACACCAACAACCCAACCUGCAGAAACCACAACAGUAGCACCCGGUGCGCCCGAAACAACAGUGCAACCUCCAGCUGCAGAAACAACUACAACGACAGCACCAGAAGUUCCAGAAACCACCACAGUAAAACCUCCAGCUCCGGAAACAACAACAGUAGUAGUAGAAACGCCUGCUCCGGAAACAACAGUAGUACCCCCAGCAGAAACACCAGCUCCCGAAACAACAGUAGCCCCAACAGCUCCCGAAACAACAGUAGCCCCAGCUGUUCCCGAAACAACAGUAGUACCCCAAGCUGAAACGCCUGCUCCAGCAGUUCCCGAAACAACAGUAGUACCCCCAGCUGAAACACCUGCUCCAGCAGUUCCCGAAACAACAGUAGUACCUCCAGCUGAAACGCCAGCUCCAGCAGUUCCCGAAACAACAGUAGUACCCCCAGCUGAAACGCCUGCUCCAGCAGUUCCCGAAACAACAGUAGUACCGCCAGCUGAAACGCCUGCUCCAGCAGUUCCCGAAACAACAGUAGUACCGCCAGCAGAAACGCCUGCUCCAGCAGUUCCCGAAACAACAGUAGUACCCCCAGCUGAAACGCCAGCUCCAGCAGUACCCGAAACAACAGUAGUACCCCCAGCUGAAACGCCAGCUCCAGCAGUACCCGAAACAACAGUAGUACCCCCAGCUGAAACGCCUGCUCCAGCAGUUCCCGAAACAACAGUAGUACCCCCAGCUGAAACGCCUGCUCCAGCAGUUCCCGAAACAACAGUAGUACCGCCAGCUGAAACGCCUGCUCCAGCAGUUCCCGAAACAACAGUAGUACCGCCAGCAGAAACGCCUGCACCUGGAGCAACAGCUCCCGAAACAACUGUCAAACCUGCCGAAACUCCUGCAGAAACUAAAUCUGCCUCAGCAAUUCUUUUAAGAAAUUAUCGUGCCCUAUCACGUAGCCGUCGUAUGACUGCAUCUAAUGGUACCGGAUACGCUUGCUAUACCGUGGAAUAUAAAGAAGGUGAAUCUGCUGCCAAAAAGAAGAAAGGAUGCGUCAAAAUCCCCGUCGAUCAAUCUGCCUGUGAUGCUGUAAAACAGUCCGCUGACGAUGGAGUCGAAAUCGAAAAUUGUAAAAUUUGUAUGAGUGACAAAUGUAAUUCGAGUGGUACCUUAAAGUUCUCCAUUGUCGCCAUGCUCCUGACAUCGGCUCAAUUUCAGAUAGUCUCUGAUGCCGUCACUCUAUUCUCGAUAGCCUCUGAGGCCAGCACACUAUUGUCGGUGGCUUCUGAGAGCACUACUUUAUUGUCGAUGACUUCUGAGACUAUCGAUUCCAUUGUUGAUGGCCUCUGA